CAUCCAGAUCCCCACCCCCUACCAGUAGUGCUCUCCCGGUGUGACUUGCGAGCUCGAUCGCGCAAUGGCGGCUCGCACUGGGAAGGCCCUCGCCUUGGCCAUGCUGAUCUCCUUCCUUGUGGUCCAGGGGACAACGGGGAAACUGACGGCAAACUGCUACUGCGUGUUCUACAAUUGGUGCUUUAACAUUGGCCCUAAGCCACGCGACCACCUCAUCUGCAUGGAGAAAAGCCUCAAGCAUUGUUUCAAGGGAUGCCCGCGUACUGCUACUACUCCUUACGUGACGCCACUGGCCGAUCUUGUCAACCCCGUUACAGACGAGCGCAGCAUGGCCGUUCCUGCCGGGGGUGCCGAUCACGGCGAGUUCCACAUCACUGAGGGCAGCGUGGAGGCUCCUGCCCGGGGUGCCGAUCACGGCGAGUUCAACGCCGCUGAAGAGGAUGCAACUCCAUGAGGGCUGCGAGAGGCUGGCUGGAGACUUGGAGGACAGACACAGUUUGGCCGCGGUAUAGGCCGAGAAACUCUUCAGAAUAAAAGCCUUCUCGUAGUGAAAGUCUGUCUGUCAUGCACUGUACAAGAUCUCUGGCUCUGGCAAUAAAUAAACAUAACAAACAUAAUUACGUACUAGUAUAUGCUUGUCAUCUUGUUGUAAGCCCCGGAUGUUCAAAACAUGAUGAACUGAUGUUGCAUAUGCUGCUUGGACAAAACUCAAGAGGUUUUAUACUAGUCUGAAUU